AGGCCGAACCUCCUGUGUCCGGAUUCGGUUAGCGUACGUUAGCUGAUUCAUGGUGAAAAUCCGUCGUACAUUGCUUCGUACAUCAACUCCGCUUCAACCCACCCGUCUGAGUCCUCUCGCAGUCCUCGCGUUCCUUGGACUGACUGUUACAUGGCAGGUUAAGUGACUGAUUGCCAGAGUCAAGAGUAUACAAAUCCUCCUAACCAAACCACCCACACGGGACCAUGACCCUACAUGCCGCCUUGUAGCUUGGACAGCCAGCGACAGCACAUUACUGCAACCACUGAAAAGCUUCGUGGGAUCUAAUGCACUUGGUACGAGCGACAUACGAUAAUUAAAAACAAUUACCCAAUCGUUGUACGCUUGGAAUCGUACGCAGAGAAUUUGGAUCCUAGAUUGGCACUUUAGGCCCAUCAACACUAUGCCCAAAGCACGCUCUACUUGCACGCGGUGUAGCCAACGUCGGCAAAAGUGCAAUAGGGAGACGCCCUGCUCAAGAUGCGUGAAGAACAAUGAGGCACACCUCUGCACCACAGAGUGGCGCCAUGGAUACGAUCCAAGUGUCCAUCGCAAGUACCCAAGGAAGAGUACACCUUCUGUUUCGGGAUCUGCUACAGGCAAUAAUGAAUCUGAUAUGCUUGACCCAGUUGGCCAGGAUCUGCCAAUCAAUCCCAUCAACGAUCAGGGUGUGGCGGCCCAUAACCGACUCCAGUCCACCGUUGACCGGACUCGUCUGCAUCCCCACUCCACAAGUUCUAAUCAAUCUCAAGAUGUCACACCAGCACCUGCUGAGAACAUUGACUUCAUUACCUUUGGAAGAUCGGAAUUCACGGACAUAAGCAUCGCGUCACUACUCACCUCUAAAGGUUCAUAUGUUCGACAUAAGGCACUGAUGGAACAGGCUUUGGGCCAAGAUCAGGGCCCCGGCAAACAAGCUGAUGUAGAUGGACUGGUUGGAGGAUUCUCUCCAGCCGCUCGGGCUGUUGAGGCAUAUCACAUCCAGUCAUUAGUACCUGCUAAAGAGCAGGUGCUGCAAAUGGUCAAGUAUCAUGAGGAUUAUAUGCUCUACUGGACCGGCGGGAUCUACCACGGCCCCAACUUCUAUAAGAGUGUACUCGCUGCAUACGGACAGUCAAACACUAUGAAUCUCUCAAGCCUAGAUUGGCGAUGGACGGCUUUACUUUUCUCUAUCAUGACAUCUACUAUCAUUGCAUGUCCAGAUAGAAUAUCCGCUACAUGGGGCUAUCCUUCCCAUGAGAAGCUUCGGCUGGCGAAACAGUGGGGUAAUGCUACCAUAGCGUGCCUCAAUCUGGGCGAUUAUGCCUCAAAACAUCACAUCUAUUCUGUACAAGCAAUCAUUAACAUGCAUUGCUCGGAGCAUCUCAUCGGAGCAACGAAGGAGUGGGCAGUCUAUCAAAGCGGUGCCGUCACCAUCGCGAGAGGACUGAAUCUGCACAGACUUGGCCCGCAUCCCGAUGAUAACAAGCGCAACUUGACGCCAGAGCAGAAGGAAUCACUAUUGCAACGCGAAAUGGGUCGCCGGAUCUGGUGUUCGCUCGUGUCUCAGGAUUGGAUAUGCUCAACCUCGCAAGGCUAUUACACCAUUCAGCAGAAGCACUUUACGUCGACAAACCCGAGGCAUUACAACGACGACACCAUGGAGCCUAUCCUGAACGGUGAUCCCCCUGUCCCGACUCAUGUUAAUGUCAUGCUGAACGAAGUGUCUCGUGUCAUCAUUCAGCACCAAGAUGAUAUGCUUGCGGCGCCGGAUCAAGCAAGCCGAUACAGGGUUGUUCUAGAGUACGAUGGCAAAUUGAGGGCCUUGCUCACUGGUCAGACUCCAUACUCAAUCUCGAGACGCACACCGAUAAAGCCGACGUGGCCCAAAUGGGUCGCCUGGGCCAGGAGGCUUCACCGUGCAUCCAUUAGCCACAAGCUGAUCAUGGUUCACCAAGCCUUCCUGAACCCGAGCUUCAAAUCACCACAAUAUACAUAUUCGCGCUGGGCAUGUGCUACAGCUGCGAAGCAAGUCAUCGAAGAGAUGACGGUCGAACGUGACCCUGAAGAGCCACAGUGGUGGGUUGAACACGCAUUUGUAGUGACAGCUGGUAUAUGUUUGGCUCUCGACGUCUUCCACCGACCUGACACCGAUUCUGAAGUCGGAGAUUAUCUGUCUUGGGUCGAGAGGGCCAGCAAGAGCCUAGAGCAAUGGCCGAACAGCUCCGUUGCCGUCCAUGGCAUUCGCCUCUUGACAUCUCUCGUACAGGAGUACCACAAGAAAACCGAAGCAUCUAGGCCCCAUCGUCCGGCCUCAAAUUCAUAUCAACCCUUGCCUCACGUCGUACCGUCUGCACCCGUUCAACCAGUGGCCACCGAAUCGGCACAAAUGCCGACGCCUGAUACUGAAGGCAGUUUACCCACCGAUGGUUGGGCGAUACCUUCCGUCACGGACAUCGACAUGGAAGGAUUCGAGGACCUCAUGGACACGCUGCCUCUUGAGGCCGGCAUAGACAACAAUCUGUUCUUCGAAAGCAUGCAGUCUCUGACGAACACUUAUGCUUUGUAACCAUCACACCAGGUUGUGCAGAUUCCUCCUGACUUCCUCGGUCCGUCCAGGCAUUGGACAAGAUGAGGACCACGCUUUAACAUCUCCACUAAACAUACAUACCAGCGAGGACUCUAUGAUCAUUAUCGGUGACACUUCCACUAUGGUCAUUUGAUGAUCCCUCACAAGUGGUAAUGAGAGACGAAUAUUAUUCCAAGAGAGGAAACACCGUCAACACUGAAAGUGUCCGGAUAUUCUCAAGCGCCACAACGCCUACAAACCGUCGAAUAUUACACCGGAAGAGCCAACACCAAUCGCUGAAUCCGUUUGUAUAUGCUCUGUACUUGUAUACUAUGUAAUCGUUCCAGAUUGGACUUCCUCACACCGGUCACGUCGUUAUUUGUUUGUCAUAAAGUGUAUAACAGUGUACAUUAAUUAGAAACGACAUGUAAUGAAACCAAC